GUGCACAUAAUUUCUUCUCCACUUGAGGAGGCUGCUCUACCCUGGAAUUGCUGGAAACUGCUGUCUGGAUCACGUUUGAUCAGGAAAAGAGAACAUUUUAAGGAUUUUUGAAAUUGGUGUUCCAGUUCCAUGUUGCUGUUCCAGUGAAGUGAUGGAUUGAAGAUUAAAAAUGUACAGGGAUCAUCCACAUUUCAUGAAGUUUCACACAGACUUUGUGAUUCAUACCAGAUCUGUACCUGGAAAUAGAAACUCUGUUACAAACAGCAAAGUCAACCACCUGGAAGUAUCUCUUGGUGCAUCAGAGGCUCUGUCCUUCCCCAUGAACUCCAUAGGGUCCAGCAGUACAACAGGCUGUCCAUUUAAGAAAAUUGCGACCCCCGUUGCGUCCCAUGCUGUUCCUUUGACUUCUCCACCAGACAUGAGUUUUACUGUGCAUAUCAACCCACAGUCCAGUAUCAUGAACAAUGCUGGCACCUCUGAAGAUACCAAGCCUUUGCCAGAUUUCCAACAGAUGGGAUCCUUGAAUUAUUCAUCCCCAAGUCCAGGAUCCCUGACAAAGCAUGUCUGCGCAAUUUGUGGAGACAGAUCAUCAGGGAAGCACUAUGGGGUGUACAGUUGUGAAGGCUGCAAAGGAUUCUUUAAGCGGACAGUAAGAAAGGACCUUGUCUACACAUGUCGAGAUAAUAAGGACUGUCUGAUCGACAAGCGUCAGCGAAACCGUUGCCAGUAUUGCCGCUAUCAGAAAUGUCUAGCAACAGGCAUGAAAAGAGAAGCGGUUCAAGAAGAGAGGCAGAGAAGCAGAGAGCGGAGUGAGAAUGAAGUGGAAUCUACAAGCAGCAAUGGUGGAAGUCUUGAAGAUAUGCCUGUGGAAAGAAUUUUAGAAGCUGAAAUGGCAGUUGAACCAAAGUCUGAGUCAUAUGGUGAUGUGAGUGCAGAAAUCUCGACCAAUGAUCCUGUCACCAAUAUUUGCCAUGCAGCUGAUAAACAGCUUUUCACAUUGGUUGAAUGGGCCAAGCGGAUUCCACACUUCUCAGACCUGACAUUAGAAGAUCAAGUUAUCCUCCUCCGAGCAGGUUGGAAUGAACUGCUGAUUGCCUCUUUUUCUCAUCGCUCUGUUUCUGUGCAGGAUGGUAUCUUACUGGCCACUGGCUUACACGUGCACCGGAGCAGUGCACACAGUGCUGGGGUGGGCUCCCUAUUUGACAGGGUUCUUACUGAGUUAGUAUCCAAAAUGAAAGACAUGCAGAUGGACAAAUCUGAACUGGGGUGUCUGCGAGCCAUUGUCUUGUUCAAUCCAGAUGCCAAAGGCCUGUCCAAUCCUGCAGAUGUGGAAUUGCUACGUGAGAAAGUUUAUGCUACUCUGGAGGCAUACACAAAACAGAAGUACCCUGAGCAACCUGGAAGAUUUGCUAAACUUCUUCUCAGGCUGCCUGCAUUGAGAUCUAUUGGACUGAAAUGCCUCGAGCAUCUCUUCUUCUUCAAGCUAAUAGGUGACACCCCUAUUGACACCUUUCUUAUGGAGAUGUUAGAAACACCUCUGCAAAUCACUUAAUGAGGACAGGAUGCUAGCAAGAAAGUGCAAAUGACACCAGUGAAGAAGUUUUGUUCCUGAACUGCCUGCUUUCACCCAUCCCAUUCUCCUGACUGUCUAUAUGGAAUGACUAUAAAUGUUUAGCUUUUAAAAAUGGAAUGUUAUUCAUAUGCAAACUGUUAAAUAAUAGCUAGGAGGAACAGAGCAUCCUGUAGCUCAUCAAAAACAAUUUGUAGCUCAUCACAAAAAUCUUGUAUAAAUGAUUGAGUUUAAAUUAUUUUUUCACUUCCCAAAAGAUGAGAAAUAAAAUAAUUUAUGAGUAAUUAGUAUGGAAGUUGUUGCUGAGGUCCUUCUUACUGGGUUUUCUGGAGAGUAUUAGGGGAACUUCUCUUAUAACAUGUCACUUAUAUCCUUCUCUUAUAACAUGUCACUUAUUUUAGAUAGCAAAACCACAUACACGAGUCUAGAUUUUCUUUUGUUAUUUUGUUGUGACAAUAUUUAUAAAUAAUCUGUUCAGCAUGUUCCAGGUUCAUACUGCAAUAUAACUUCACAUGGAAAUGAAAUUUAUUCCUCAAAGGGGCAAUAUUUCCACAAUUACCUUGUACACAUUUCUGCUGCAAUUCGUUAUGCGCAAGGAGGACAACACCCAACUGUCCAAAGCUAUCUGGAAGUAGAGGGGUUUAUUCAAAUUCUCAUUACAUAGAAUAGCUCAAAUCAGAACAAGGAGGUUGAGCUAUUUAGCUAUAAGAACAAACUUUCAUGAUGUUGCUUCUGUUCUCUUGUGCUCCUGGUGAAAGCAUUUGUAACAUUUUGCUGGAAAUGUGCCAACCCAGAUAAUUCUUACAUUACUCUUAUGAGGCACCAAAGGGCUCUCACACACAAAAGGAUAGCAGAAAAGGAAGGACUGGAAAUAUGGGGAUGGAAAAAGAAAAAAUAGAAUAUUUAAAAGCUAAAACUGCAAGAUGGUGGUCUCCAUAACAACCAUCAAAUGAGGAUGACAAAUACUACAUAUUAUAUGCACAUAGUUAUGUUUACAUAUUUUUGGCAACAAAAGGCAUACACAUUUCUUAUAAUUCCUUAUGUCCGUCCACAUGUAAUAGUUCUUCUGCAUUUUACUAUUCCGAUGGAGUUUUUUGAACAGUUUGUGAAAUUGCUGUUUAUAGUGCAUCCAGUUCAGUCCUUUUCUAAUUUUUUAUUUUUAAAAGGUUGUGAGAGGAAAUUAUACUUUAUUUGUAUAAAGCAGAAAAAAACCAAUCAGAAAAGACUAUAAAUCUAAAGUUUAUAUUAUUGUGCCACUGAAUUAAACAAAGAAUUUACAAUAUCAUAUAUCUCUGUGAUCAAACACUCUACCUUCAAGAUAAAUAUAAAAUAUAAUGAAAAUAAAUGAUUACAUGUAGCAAAAUGUCACAAUGAUAAGCUAAUAUGACAAAAUCUUAAAUGUCUGAAGUGUUGCAUCCCACAAUUGGCUUUGGGACAUCAUCUCAAAUCAUAUAUUUCAGGAUGAUUACCCUAGAUUGGAAAGAUUUCAUCUCAUCCAGUCAAAGCUUUCUUAAAUGAAUAGAACAAAAAUAUGUCAUAACUAUUUACUGAAAAUCAGUAGGAAUGCCUAAAUACUGAACUUCUGCACCUCAAAAUACUCUUAUGGCAUUUUCAAAUUAUAUGUCCACAUAUGCAGAAGUGUAACCUUAGUUAACCUUUGUGCUCUCUAAUCAUAAAACGUAUGCAUUAGGCUUUCAAAAUUUAAUUAUCUUCUUUUUUUUUUGUAAAGCUACAUUUCCCCUUUUUCCUCUUUAAGUACAUUAAUACUGAGUUUCAUUUAGAAUUUCCAAAUAAACAUGGGGGGGGGGAGGCUUAGAGGGAGAUCUUUUGUUCAACCAACCAAUAGAUUGUCUGACAUCAUCUUGUUCACUGAUAAUUAUACAGUUACCUUACUUUUUAUAAACUUUCCUUAAUGAUUUGUGGAGUUCCUUCUGGUUUUCAACACAUUCAUAUUUUACUGCAUUUACAGAAAGCACUGGACUAGAUCUGAUUCAGCUGCAUGGCACAAAUGACUUGCUCCUGUUCAUGUAACACUAUUAUUUCUGUUGUUCCAAAGUAUUUUGGGUGCAGAAGCAUACCUGUUUGCUUAUAUUUAUUUUCUAAAAAGUUGUCAUGAAGUUGCAAUGAAGGCCCAGUCUGUUUCAGGCUAAACAAGAUAUACAUAUCUUCUGAAAAAAAAUCUUGGCUUUCAGUUUGCAAUCACGGUAUUUGUGUACAUGUGGGGUGAUCGCUCCCUCCGUUGUCCGGUUUUCUCCUGCCAAGGGACCCUGCAAAGGGUUGAAAGUCACCCUGGAGGGGCGAUGAGCACGAAGACGACCUCCGACUGAUCGUGGAAGGGUGGGAGCCCUUCCGGAGCAGCUCUUCUAACUGAUGGGGAAAAGAUCGGCCAUUUACAUGGCCCAUCACUUACGCCGUUUCCAGCCGAAGCCAAAUUUACAACUAAGCACUUGAAAGCACCGCAGAGGACUGGGUGAGACCUUACCUUCUUUCUAUCCCAAGUUUUUUUCCUGUAAAAAGCUUUUUGAAACUGCUUCCCCCUGUGAGGAGAGGGAAGGGAACGUUGUUGUUUUUUUUCCACCCUCUAAAAUGGCGGCGUCUGAUUACAUAGGGAAAAUAAAGCCCUGAAAAUAUAAUUAAAUCAUUGGAUCUGUAUUUUUUUAAUAUUUGAUGACCAAAAAGUUCCUAUUUUUAUGGGGGCUUGCUAUCUCAUCUACUUGGGGGAAAAAAAGAGACAAAAAAGAACUUAAAUUGGAAAAAAAACUAGCCUUUUUGAAAAGGAUUUUAAAUGCUAUCAGGGACAUCUUGUGGUGAAACUUGGUACAGCAAGUGAAUAUCUUUGACAAAGAGACCUGUUUACAACCUUGGUAUUUUUUAAAAAUAAAAAGCUGAAACAGCUGGGAGGUGAAAUUGGCUUUUAAGAACUGUGGAGCUGAAUACUUAUUGACUUUUGUUUAAAAAACUAGCCUCCUCUAAAGGACUAUUUAUAAUUACCCCAGAAAUGGAGGGGGACCAGCAACAAACCUCAAUUGAUUAUAAACUUAUACUUGAAAAAAAUCUUGAAGCUACUGAGAUAACUAAAUCCAGACUGAAAGAUGGAGGCACUAGCCUGAACCUACAAACUGAAACUCAAAUUCCAACUAAAGAACUCACAACUCAGAAAACAACAGAAGCGGAAGAAAUCAAACCAAGACAGAGGACUUUAAAGAAUAACAACAAUAUAUUGACAACUCUGAUAACCAAAUCCUGAUUGCAAUUAAAGAACCUAUAAUAAAAAUAACAGAAGCGGAAGAAGCUAACACCCAAACAGACGAUGCUAAAGAUCAACAAGGACAGCAUAUUGAAAACCUAGAUAACUAAACAAUAACCAUAAAACUGGACAUGACCCUUUACUUAAAGCAGAAGAAAUCUGAGGAAGAAGAAGACCAGACCGAAUUGAAGAUAAGGACACUAGAGCAAAUAUUGAGAUUUGAACCACCAGGGCAGCAACUUAAUGAUUAUAAAUGGACCAGUUUUGUGGAAAAUUGAUGAUCAGAUGGUCUCUUUUGAUUCAAGUAACAUGUGCCAGAAUGAAGGGAGAUCCAUCUGAUAACCUAAAGGCAUUGGUAUGGAAACCUGGUUGGCACAAAAAGAAAGCCAGAGUUAGGUUUAAAAAUAAGGCCUUUUGAUUUACUAGAGUGAUUCUAAGGUUUCAACUAAUGGGCUAUGAGAAAUAAAAAAUGUUUAUGAAAUAAAAUAAGAAUAUAUUCAAGUAAGUAAUAUAUGUAUUUUAGAUAUUAUAGCCUUUGUGUAAUGAAAUAAAGGAAAUUUGGGUUACCAG